UAACAAACUAAGCACCAGUUUGGAACGUCAGUCUUCCAAAAGGUCAGCCGAAAAUACAACCACAAUGUGAUCAUCUACAUAUGGUUUGGAUAUCUCAGAUCUCGCCGACUCACACUGACUCAUCCCGAAGGUUAUGUCCGCUUCCAACGCUUUUUAUGGUGCCGCUACUCACUCACUCAAUAUACCUGUUGGAUGCUGCAAAUUUGAAAAUGCAUUUUGGACUUACUGUAUUCAAUUUGCCACUUCAAUUUGGGGCGUGUCAUAGCCGCUUGCAGGUUACGUGCGAAAAUAAGAGCUAGCAAAACCCUGAUUCAUCGAGGAUCACUGGAUCCGCAGCAUUUUCCAAGACGACCGCGGCCAUGGCACCGGUGCCAGAGGAUCUUGUGUCGAAAUUGGGGUCCAAGAACAACAAAGAGAUUGAUGAGUGGACCAACCAAGUUGAAGAGGUUACCUCCCAAAUCCGUGGCAUCAUCGAUGGGACGAUCACAGACUUUGAGGCCUUUGAUCAGCAGCUUGCCCUCAAGGAGCGUGCCAAGCAGAUACGGCAGGAGGAGUUGCUUCAACGAAAGCAACGGCUGCUGUUAUAUGGCAACGAAGGAAAGGGCGAAGGCACCAAAUACAAGUGGUGGUGCAAGAGAUGCUUCGUGGAGUAUACCAUUGAUUUGCCGGAAGGCCAAUGCACCAGGUGCCGCCAGGCGGAUCAGCUAAUGUCUCAAGAAGCACGGCGUCAGGAGCUGAUGGGGAAGCUGGAGGUCUUCAAAGAAGAGAAAGCAAAGCACAAAUGGCGGAAAGACAAGUGGAACCGAUGGAAGAAGUCCCAAGCACUUCUGGGGAAAAGCCGAUUUAUAAACUACAAGGCCUGGGAGUACUGGGAGCCUGAUACAGAUUCCGAAGAAGAGGGCGAUCCCAUUGUGCCCAGGGACAAUCCCGAAUUCCUCGCGAUGGAGGCUGACUUGAAGGAGAGAAAAAGGAAGCAAUCUGAAAAAGCAAUCACGGCGGAAAAAUGCCGUCAAAGGGGAAAUCAGUGCAUGAGCGAGGGAGACUAUGUUGGUGCAAUCGAAAACUAUGAUGAAGGUUUGGAGUACCGUCGAGAUUGUAAAGCUCUGUGGACCAACAAAGCUUUGGCUGAGCUCAAAGUGUUUAGAUGGCAUGAUGCGGUGGCUUCUUGCAACAAAGUCAUUGAAUAUGCCGAGAUUUUCGAGGAAGGCUUUGCCAAGAGUGCUGAUGCAUGUUUCAAAGCUUUCACUCGAAGAGCUACAGCUUUGCGGGGCUUGCACCGGUGGGAGGAUGCUGUGAACGACUUAGAAGAUGCACUUAGCAUCUACCCCAAGAGCAAAGAAGCCUUGGAUCUCUUGGAGAAGACCAGACAAGCCUGCUUGGAGGCCAAGAAGGCCCAGAGAUCUCAGGAGUCACCGGAGCCACCAAGGCCCGAGGAAACUGGGACGGUGCGCGUGGAGAUUGAAGAAAGCGACUCAGAGGGUGAAACGACCCUUGAGGCUCAGGAGUCCGACUCCAGUUCUCUGCAGCACCUCAGUAGACAGCAUUUUGCCAACCUUCUCAAGGACUUGGAGUUGAACGAAACUGAGAGAAGCGCGUUUUGCACAAGACAAGGCGAUCAGUCCGACACCAAAAAGCUCAAAACCGAUCAGUGGGUUGGCCGAAAGAUCGACUUGAAGGUGGAGGAGGUUCUUCAGCCAUCUCGACUAGACACACUUCUUCGGGAUAUUGAGCGCUGCAGCUUGCUUUGGAAAAAACGCAGACCGGGUGACGAUGGUCGAAGAGCUUUGGAGGAUGACGAACCCGAGUCCCAAGAUGCAGAUCGAUUUGUCAAGCUUGUGACUCCGCGGGCUCUCUCUCUUCUCUUGGUGCUUGCCAAGUCCAGUGAUCACCACUGCUCCUUGACCGUUUCAGCUUUGCGGCAUGUGUGGCCCCUGCUCAAUGUCGAGGAAUGGCGCUAUCAAAUCCUCUCCCUGCUUUUUGAGUGGUCACAGCGGUCCAUCUCAGCAAAAUCCAUGGCUGAGUUUGCAAGCAGAUAUCCCGACCCUCAUGUGCACAUGUUGAUCAACAUCGUCGGGGCAAACAAGAAAGAAGACUUUUUGCCGCCAGGCUUUGAAGAUAGAGCAAAGAAGGCUGCAGACAAGCUUGAGCUUGGUGUCGAAGCGAUGGAGGAGGUCAUGAAGGGAUUGACCAUGGAGAGCCCCAUGGAGCUUGCGAUUAGUACACUUGGAAACCUGUGUUUGGCAGGCUCCACCCUUAGCUAUUUUCAAUUGCAGAUCUCGCCCCUGGUACCUCAGAUCGUGGAGGUGCUCCGGCCCCAUCUUCGACCCAUGGAUCUUCGUCUUUGUGGAAAAACUGCUGGGGCCCUUUGCAAUUUGCUACGCUUGAAGCCAGAGGAGGUGGAACGUUGCACAGGGCAACUUUUGGAGGCUCUCCGAGAAGAGGGCAAACCUGAGGCCAGGGAAAUGAUCAAGGCGGUGCAAAUGACUUCCGGACUUGGUCCUGCAACUCCGCAGCUCUUGGGCGCUUUGGUUAACCUGGCAGUUGCAAGACCCACGGCUCUGGUUGAGAUGCAGCAUUUGGGCACCCUCCAAGUGGUAAUUCCUUUGAUCGAUCCUGAAGCCUAUGGCUCAAACAGUGCCGACAAGGUGAUCUCUACCCGCGCAUGUUUGGUGUCGAGUCGACUGCUUGGAGCUUUUCCAGAUGGUCUCAGCCUGGAUCAAGAAGCAGAACUACUUUUUCGCCUGUCCCAGAUUCUGACCAAGGUCAGUAUCCCUGAGAUCCAGGCCGAUGUUGCACAGUUCAGCUCUGUUGAGAAGACUCCAACAUUAGAGGCCAUGGACCCACCGCUUCGGGUGCUGGUCACCCUGCUGACGAAGGCUCCAGGUGCCCUGGACAGGUUCGUCUCAGGAACGAGCUUGAAGACUGGAGAUUGCUCGAUCUCAUUCUCUGGACUCAUGGGGAAGGUGUUUGAGUUCAUUCGUGUGCUGCAGCCUGCGAGCCAUGUUGCUCUGGAUGAGGAAUCCUCAACGCCUUCCAGGCUGCGUGGAAAUUUGGCACUUCUAGUGAGCUUGCUGAGUGAUCGACAAGCUUCGGAGAACGCGGCCCCUUCCUUGCGAGACUUGGAUCUUUCCAUGGUGGUCCCUGUGCUGGUGGAGAUGCUUCGCAAGGAACGAGGAUCUGCUCAGCACAACCUGGGCGUUUCCGUGACCAAAUUGGCACAGAAUCCGCGCUACCGGGACCAAGUCCGUGAGUUGAACGGCCUUGAAUCCCUUCAUCAGAUUCAGUUGCCAAAGGUCAACGCACAGAAAGAGAAGGAACAGAGGAUACAUCGCCUUGAAACCUCUGCAGAAGACCGCAGGCGUGCCAUUGCCAUGCGGCGUGGUUAAUUCUGUCUUUGGGCCAGCAGUGGCCUGAAAGCUGGGUGGAUCCCUAAAGACUCUGUGCAUGACGUCGCAAGAUGCGACGUGCGAUUCGAAUUAAAAGGACACUGCCGCUCGCAGCAAACGUUGACAUGUAAGUAAGGACCUUAAAACGACAUCAUCGUCAUCUUAGUCCAUUGGUAGAUGUGCGGCAUAACUUGGAUGAACCACAGAUCAUGUCAGAUUUCCGGACCUAGACCACUGCAGUUUCG